UUGACCACGACACACAGGCACAGCAGCGUGCGACUCAUCUGCAAUCAUGGAAGCCGGCAAGAGUGUCGGCCUCAUUGGCAUGGGCGACAUGGGCAAGAUGUAUGCCCGCUGCCUCAGCACCGCUGGCUGGAAGGUCCACGCUUGCGACCUCCCGGAUAAGUUUGAUACGUUGGUAGAAGAGUUCAAGGACUUUCCCAAGGUUGAAAUCAUGCAAAACGGCCAUUUCGUGUCUCGAUGCAGCGACUUUAUCCUGUACAAUGUUGAGGCGAGAAACAUUGACGCCGUCGUGAAAGCUUUCGGUCCUUCCACCAAGGUCGGCGCCAUAGUCGGAGGACAGACGUCGUGUAAAGCGCCCGAGAUGGAUGCUUUCAACAGCCAUCUUCCCAAAGAUGUCAGCAUUGUCUCUGUGCACUCUCUCCAUGGGCCGGGCAUCGACCCAAAGGGACAGCCGCUGGUGUUGAUCAAGUACCGCGCGUCGGAUGAGGAUUUUGCCUUUGUGGAGAAGGUCAUGUCCUGCCUCGGGUCCAAGCACGUCUAUCUCUCUGCUGAGCAGCACGAUCGUAUCACAGCAGACACGCAGGCUGUGACGCAUGCCGCCUUUCUGAGCAUGGGCGGCGCAUGGUUCGCCAACAACCAGUACCCAUGGGACAGCUCCCGCUAUGUGGGCGGUAUCGAGAAUGUCAAGAUGAACAUUACCCUCCGCAUCUACUCCAACAAGUGGCACGUCUACGCUGGUCUUGCCAUUCUCAAUCCCGAUGCCCGCAGGCAAAUCAAGCAGUAUGCCGAGUCGGUCACGGAGCUGUUCAAACUCAUGCUCGCCGGGCAGCGCGACGAGCUGCGUGAGCGUGUGUACACGGCGCGCAAGGCCGUGUUUGGCGAGAAUCCAGGCGACAAGAAGCUACUGCUGCGCGACGACCUGCUGGACCGCUUCGCGCUGGGCACGAUUCCAGAGAAGAAGCUGAAGAACAACCAUCUCAGUCUGCUGGCCAUGGUCGACUGCUGGUGGAAGCUGGGCAUUGUGCCUUAUGAUCACAUGAUCUGUUCUACUCCUCCCUCGCGCAUGUGGCUCGGCAUCACAGAAUACCUCUUCUGCAACCCGACGCUCCUCGAGGAAGCCAUCGACACGGCCAUCAACGACAACACGUUCCGCGCCGACGAUCUCGAGUUUACGUUUGCAGCCCGCGACUGGAGCUCGCGCGUCAGCCUCGGCAACUUUGACGGCUACAGAGACAAGUUUGAGCAGAUCCAGAAGUACUUUGAGCCGAGGUUCCCCGAGGCCACCAAGCUGGGGAAUGAGAUGAUCAAGGUCAUUCUGCAGAGGACGCAGGAUGCUUGAUGACGGUGUGUGUGAGAGGGUGUGAUUGAUUGAUUGAAUGAUGGAACCAAAGUGAUGUAUUACGGGGGGGUUUUUUUUCUACGAUUUGGUCUUGAGUCAUGUAUUUUGUUUUGUUGUGUUUUUCUCUUCUUACAGGAUUGGGUCUUGAUAUUAGUUGAUUCGGUGUUGUGGGCGUGAGAUGACAGCCUCGUAAUACCAUGUAUCAAGACCAGGCCCGAUUUUCCUUGAUCAUGAUUAUUAUAACUAUUCUGGCUAACGUAUGUGGCAAGCGAGCGCCGCAGGUAAGCGAGCGCCGC